UCGGCACCGGUAUCAGCAUCGGUAGCGACGUUGGCACCGGCUCCAGCAGAGCCCAGCCGGGGUCACUCGUCCCGCCCAGCACGGCACCUGCGCCCAAGGACUUGGGGACCUUGGCUCGUCCUCUGCUGGAGAACGAUUCCCAGAGGGACACUGGGUUAGCAUGACCGAGGUGGAACCCGUGCUGGACUUCGCAUCCUCCGGCAGAACGGGCCGGCGCAACGCCCUGCCCGACAUCCUGGGCUCGCCGGCCGGCGUCAGCCCCUCCGACCUGCCCCUCAAGCUGGCCGAGAUGUCCCUGAGCGCAGGCAGCGCGCAGGAGAUGCAGUCGCCCUCGGGGGAGAUGCCCCCUCGGGAGCCCAGCAGCCCCGAGCUGAAGGACACGUCCUAACCCCGCUGCCGGGGAGGGGACACUGCUGACCAGCGGAGGGUCGAGGAGGCCGAGGAGCAUCAGCUCAGCUUCCCUGGCACGGCCGGAGCCCGCUGGAUUUUCCUCGGUGCUACCACGGCGAGACCUUGGUCGGGCGUCACCCCCCCCCACCCCGCCGUGGGGGGAGCAUCGCGCGGGGAGGACCUGCCGGGACCAAGGGGAGAUUCCCACCCACGCCCUG